GCAAGUCGUUAGCUGUUUGCUGAAGCUGCAUAUUGUUCAGCAUGAUAAAGAGGCUGUGGUUUUGAUCACGAACUGUUUAUGGAAGUCACUCUGCCCAAUCCACUGAAGGAUAAGUUUCAAGAUUUUAAGAAAUGGAUUAUCAAAGAUCUCUAUUCUCAUCUCUCGAGCUGGUACCAUUUUGGGGGCAUCAGAAGAACCGUUCCAUUCCUUUCUAGUGGUUUCUACAGCCAGAAGCAGUGGCCUUUAGGUUGGCGGUCCUCAUUCUUCUCCGAGCCUUUUCAUAUUGAAACAACUCCUUGUCCAAGCAUAGCUAAUAAAAGUACGAUUCUGAUUGAAGCAGGGAGACGGGUUAUCUGGCCAUGCUGUGGUGACCAUGUCGCAAUCAGAGGGCAUGUUCUGCUGUUUAUCAAAGCAAAACCUUAUUGGUCUUUCUCCAAUGUUUGGGCAUAAUGACAUAUUGUACCCCAUUCCCUUUCUUUAUU